GCCGCGGGGCAGCAGCAGGUUGUGGACUGUCGUGUUGUGUCUUUAUUUUGGUGUGAUUGCUGGAGCUCGCAAGCCCAUGCCACACCGUGUGGUUGAACUGAAGCGGGUUCCGGUCCAGGUCUGGGUGUGAACCCUGUCUGCGCGUGGUUCUCUGUCGAGAUGUCGUCGGCCGAACACGACGGAACCUUCAGUCAGCUCAAUAAGUUUGAGAAACUGUCAUGGAGGCCCCUCAACCUCGACUCAGGCUCCAAGAAGCGGGCACGGUGGCUUCUGGCUCGGCGCAUCUUCUCCCCUUCCUGCCCCAACCUGCGGAUCCCCAACAGGUUUCUGAGAGAAGGUGCUAAAAGACAUUGUGUACCCCCCGCCCGGAGCGGACACCGCUGUGUAGCAGACAGCACCAACCUGUAUGUGUUUGGAGGCUACAACCCAGAUUUUGAGGAGGCAGGCGGGUCAGAGAAUGAAGACUACCCCCUUUUCAGGGAGCUUUGGCGGUUUCAUUUCGCCACGGCCACCUGGCAGCAGGUCCGCACAGAGGGUUACAUGCCCACAGAGCUGGCCUCUAUGUCAGCUGUUCUACAUGGCAACAACCUGCUUGUGUUUGGUGGCACUGGGAUUCCAUUUGGUGAAAACAACGGCAGUGAGGUCCAUGUUUGCAAUGUUCAGUACAAACGAUGGAACCUGCUCAACUGCAGAGGGAAGAAACCCAACAAGAUCUACGGACAGGCCAUGGUCAUCAUUAAUGGCUACCUCUACGUGUUUGGCGGGACAACAGGCUACCUUUACAGUACCGACCUGCACAGGCUGGACCUGACCACCAGAGAGUGGACCCACCUCAAACCCAACAAUGCACCUUCAGAUCUACCGGAGGAGAGGUACAGACAUGAACUAGCUCAUGAUGGACAGAGAAUAUACAUUUUAGGAGGUGGGACUUCCUGGACGUCAUAUCCCUUGGACAAGAUUCAUGCAUAUAACUUGGAGACUAAUUCCUGGGAGGAAAUAGUCACCAAACCCCACGAAAAAAUAGGAUAUCCUGCUGCUCGCCGUUGUCACAGCUGUGUGCAGGUCAAAGAUGAGGUGUUUCUCUGUGGGGGUUAUAACGGAGAGCUGAUCCUAUCCGACCUGUGGAAAAUCAACCUGCAGACAUUUCAGUGGACCAAGCUGCCUGCCGCCAUGCCAGAACCAGCUUAUUUUCACUGUGCUGCAGUCACUCCGGCUGGCUGCAUGUAUGUACACGGUGGGGUCGUCAACAUGUCUGGGAACAGAAGGACCGGCUCCUUGUACAAAGUGUGGUUGGUGGUGCCCAGCCUGCUGGAGCUGACCUGGGAGAAACUGCUGAAAACGUUCCCUCACUUAGCUCAGCAGUCCACGGUUCAGCUGCUAAGCAUGGGACUGACGCACACACUAAUUCAGCGGCUGAAAUAGACAAAGCACAGAGACUGGAGGAAGGGGUAUGUGAUGAAACAGCUCUGACUCUAAAAUCCCCGAUGACUACGAAAAGACAGUCUGAUGGAUCUGAGAAAAACAACUUUGAAUGCCUUUUAACUUUAUUUUUAUGUAGAUGUGUGCUUGUAAAAAAGCAAAGUGCAAUGUUUUUCAUGAGUUUCUUUGUAUGUGCUGGGUCAGAUUUGAGUUUGCAUGAAUCCAUCAGAAGUCAUGCAUCGGUGCGGACACCAGAAUCACUCUUUCUUGUGCUUAGAUUCAGUUCAGAGACUAAGCUCAGCUCGUUUAACUGUUGCUGAAGGGAUUACGCGUUGCACACCAUUGCCAUCUUUUACACAUCUUCAGACACACAGUAGGUUUGAUCAAACAUUGCUGGUAUAAACCUAAAUUUCCAUUCAGUUAGUUAGAAAUUGGCCAGUUUAUCUGAAAAGAGGCACACUGCUGACAAAGAAUGGACGCAUUAUAACUGUGAUACCUAAAAAAUCGAAGUAGGUCAAUUAUUUAAAGUGUCAUGUUUCAGCCUCGAGGGCUUUCUGAGUGAAUGCUGAUAUCAAGCUGUGAUUAUAAAUGUACAGUACAAAUUAAAAAUGUUCCUCCCACUGGUCACAUUAGGCCUUGUGAGCAGAUAAAACCCCCAAAAGCCUUUUUAAAACAUCUGUGACGUGGCACCACUGUGAAUCUUCUCGUGCCUCUUCGGUUAUUAUUCCUCUUUAAGGAGACAUUAGAAAUGAAUUCAUACACCUGUAGCUCCAGUGAUUCUCGAGCCUUUUUAUUUCUACAUUCGGUGCCUUCCGAAUUUCCUGAAUGUCACAGGUUUUUACGCAUCAGUAAAUCAGUCCUUUUUUACAGAUGUUUGUUUUGUUCUCUGUGCACAUGUAGCCUGUGAUUUACCUGGUGUUUGCCACAUGAGCUUUUUGUUGCUGAACAUUUCAGCUCAUGAGUAAUAAGGAGGUGCAGCUAAUGAGUUUUCAUUAACUUAAAUACACAUUUGUUACCUAUUUAUUUGAAUCACUGUGCUGCUGUUCUAUUUUAUUACAAAACCUUUAAUUGUAGCAAAACAUGAGCUUUUCUUUUUCACAUGAUUUCACUGUCAUUUCAUUAAGUGUAUGCCUAAACUCCAUUUGAACCUUUUAUACUGUAACAUAGGCUGUAUUGUUAAAAAGAUGUCUUACUUUUUCCAGAGGACUUUGCUCUGUGCUGUACUACUACUAAAAAGACGUGGCAUGGGACUUUGUUUUAACUAGUUAGAAGGUAGAGCCUUGAGGUGUACUCAGGAUGUGACAUACUGUGAUCAGAUUCAGUCUGAAGAGCUCCACAAACAUUCACCAUCGCAAAAAUGUCAAACAGUCUUUCUUGUAAAAGAGUUAUGCAUACAGAGAUGAAUUUGAUCACUGUAACUGUUGGUACAAUACUAAGCUAACUCUUUCAUGACUUAUUGUAUCAUAAUGCCUGUUUUCAUAUUCAAAACUCCACCUCAGUUACUUUUUCUUAUGUUUGAAAUAUUAUGGCCUUAUUUAUCUUAUUAUGAAGCAACAGCUUCACUACGUGCUCAGACUUGAUACAUGUACUUCCUUGCUUGCGAUCGAGAUGUUUAAAUUUGCAUCGUUUGUGAUGUUAAUGAAAGUUGAAUUAUCUCUUGCAUGAAGGUAUGUUGUGCAUGUCACGUUACAUAAACUCUCGGGAGAAAAGCUCAAUGUCUCUUCAAAAGCAAUCAUGGCUGUAAUGUACAAUAUAUUUUGUAAUUCCUGUCUGUACAAACAAUAAAAAUACAGACAGUUUUUCAAA